UAUUUUGUCAUUGGCUUUACCCACCUAUUACGCAGUGUGUUUGGUAUGGUUUAUGCACUCUUAGCACCUUUUUUUCUAUCUAGAACUGAAAAGGAUUCUUCGUCUUUCCCCAUAGGAGAAACCUUUGAAGAACCCUUUUUGGUUCCAGUUAGAACCCUUUCCCCAGAGGGUUUUACACAGAAGCGAAAAUAGUUGUAUCUGGAACCAAAAAGGGUUCUCCUAGUUCUAUGGCAGUGUUCACAAACCUUUUUUGAGUCAAGAUCACUGCUCUGAUAAUAAAAAAAUUUAAAACAUGAAUUAAAUCGAACAUUAUCCUAAAAACUGUUCUGUAGGUGUAACAGUAUAACUUUAGUACGUCCCCUCGCCCCGGGCGCGAACCAGGGACCCUCUGCACACAUCAACAACUGACACCCACGAAGCGUCGUUACCCAUCGCUCCACAAAAGCAGAGCAAGGGGCAACGCUACAUCUAGGUUUCAGAGCAAGUGACGUAACUGAUUGAAACGCUACUAGCGCGUACCCGCUAACUAGCUAGCCAUUUCACAUCCGUUACAUAGGCAUGAUGUUUGUGCAGUAGGACUAAUAUGACUAAUAACCGUGAUCACAGCAUAUUAGCUCUAUGCCUGGCCUGCCAAUAUUGAUAUUCUUAGACCAUAUUAUAUUUCAAAACUCAAGCUUUGAUAACAAAAUAGAUCAGUUGGUGUAGCACUUGCGUAGCAUAAAUGUAAAUAAUUAGCUUUUUGUUUUACUGGACUGAUGGGGGGGUCAAAUCAUGACGUCAGUGAUUUUCAGGUCGGAAGGUCAGAGCUCAUGAAAGAUGCCCAAGUUUCCAACUUGACUUCCGAGUUAGAUGACCUUUCAAAGCGAUUUCCCCCAGUAAAAUCACGUUUUUUCCCGACUUCCCAGUUGUCUUGAACACACUGAAAUCUGACAUUUCUGAGUUCCCAGUUUUUAUGAACACGCCAUUAGUCUAAGGAGAGGCCUCCGGUGAGACUGAACAGAGAGGGGGGACACCGUCUUCCAACCAAUGGCGAAACUGGAGUAGCACCGCAUCUGCCUCAUGCACAUGUAACCGAUGUGAAAUGGCUAGCUAGUUAGCGGUGGUGCGCGCUAAUAGCCUUUCAAACGGUGACGUCACUCGCUUUGAGACCUUGAAGUAGUGGUUCCCCUUGCUCUGCAAGGGCCGCGGCUUUUGUGGAGCGAUGGGUAACGAUGCUUCGUGGGUGACUGUUGUUGAUGUGUGCAGAGGGUCCCUGGUUCGCGCCCGGGGAUGGACGUAAAGUAAAACUGUUACACACAAAUUUCUGUCGUUCCUUUGACACGAGAAUGUGAAAUAUUCCUCGAUAUUAAAAUAAACACGUGAGCUGCUAAUGAUAGUAAAAACGCAGGGCUAUCGAUACACUUGGCUACUCAUAUCAGUCUGUGUACCUCCCCUUUCCUCUAUUGCCCUUACCUUCCUCACACUCUCCCUGUGGCCUGUCUUUAUGUAGCUGUGAUGGUGCUUAUGACCCGCUCUCCAUCCGUGCGGGUCGGCCUGCAGAAAGAGACGACCCUGCACUGUCAGUUUGCUGUGGACCACAAGGUUCCUCACCUUACAGUCGAGUGGCAUCUACAGCGGCACGGAGAGCGCCGGACCAAGCUGUUCAGCUACUCCAGCAGCUCAGGUCAGACAGAGGGCAGCGGGGUGGCAGUGAAGGGCAUUGCUGGGGGGGAUGCCUCCCUGACUGUGCCCAUCACCAAGGUGAGCAGUGAGGGGAUGUACGUGUGUUCCGUCCGCGUACCCCCACUCAACGGGAGCGUGGACAUCGCGCUGCACAUCAUAGAGCGUCCUGAUGUUUCCUUGACCACAAAGGAGGAGCAGAUCCCCAGCGUAGUGUGUGAGGCUAAUGGCUUUUACCCCCUGGACGUGGAGAUUGACCUUUUCAAGGAGACCAGCAGUGGUCAACGGCCUGAGAAGCUGGGGAACGUCUUGCACUCUAGUCACCUCCAACAUCAUGACGGUACUCACUCUUUGGCAGCCUUCGUCCGGCUGCGGCCCUCCCCUCAGGACUCUGGGUGCGCAACCUAUUCCUGUAGAGUGUCACACGUCUCCCUGCAAGGUCUGUACAUCCACAAGAGCAUUAUCGGCCCAGGCUGUUGGACUUGGUUUCAUCUGACCUUGCCUGGAUUGGUAUGCCUGGUUUUAAUGAUCAUUUUCAUAGCAGUAACAAGACGACGUUUUUUUAACAAGACAGUAAGAAGACGAUAAAAGAAAGACAAAACAAGAAAGUCUCCACCUCCUUGUUCCCCCUUUGCAGCUCAGUGCUUAAUUUGGACAUUUUGGGUGUGUGAAGUACCUUUAUUGUUUGUUUAAUUGCUUGUAUUUAAUAAUUACUACACUGUUUCUGGAUUGUGUGUUUCAACAGUUCUAUACUUGCUUUGGUAUUUAUUAUUCACAUAACUUGACCUAUGAAUAAUUAUCGAUUCAUCUCAAUACAACAUUUUAUUAUGUCCUAUUUUCUAAAUAAAUUUCUUAUGUAGACUGUAGUUAUAGCGGUAAAGUCCACUGGUCAUAUUAGCCAUGUACAGUACCAGUCAAAAGUUUGGACACACCUACUCAUUCCAGGGUUUUUCUUUAUUUUUACUAUUUUCUACAUUGUAGAAUAAUAGUGAAGACAUCAAAACUAUGAAAUAACACAUAUGGAAUCAUGUAGUAACCAUAAAAGUGUUAAACAAAUCAAAAUAUAUUUGAGAUUCUUCAAAGUAGCCACCCUUUGCCUUGAUGACCGCUUUGCACACUCUUUGCAUUCAGAUUUAGAAUCUUUAAACAUCGAUGAUAGGAUUAAUUCCAUGAGUUUCAUUAAGUCAGUGUAUUUGUAUUUAUUAUGGAUCCCCCUUUGAUUUUCCCAUGAUGUCAAGCAAAGAGGCACUGAGUUUGAAGGUCGGCCUUGAAAUACAUCCACAGGUACACCUCCAAUUGACUCAAAUGAUGUCAAUUGGCCUAGCAGAAGCUUCUAAAGCCAUGACAUAAUUUUCCAAGCUGUUUAAAGGCACAGUCAACUUAGUGUAUGUAAACUUCUGACCCACUGGAAUUGUGAUAUAAUUCACUGUAAGUGAAAUAAUCUGUCUGUAAACAAUUGUUGGAAAAAUGACUUGUGUCAUGCACAAAGUACAUGUCCUAACCGACUUGCCAAAACUAUAGUUUGUUAACAAGAAAUUUGUGGAGUGGUUGACAAAUUAUUUUUAAUGACUCCAACAGUGUGUGUAAACUUCCGACUUCAACUGUAUGUUUACCUUUGAUGAUGUUAAAUGGCAUUAUGCUUAAUCUUGUUAUCCCGACUAUAACUAUUUUAUUAACAUUAUUAUUCUCUUGGCCAAAUAUUAUAUUCACAAAUGUAAAUGGGGUGGAAAAAUUCCUUAUUUUGUAGUUUUUUUUCCAUUGAACUAUUCUUCUAUUGUGUUAUUGACUGUAUGUUUGUGUCACACUGCUUUGCUUUAUCUUGGCCAGGUCGCAGUUGUAAAUGAGUACUUAUUCUUUCUUUGGGGGGGUUUGCCUGAUGUUCUAUUAUUUCAUUUUUUUCAUUGUCCCUGUAUUGAUGUGUAAUAUUAUUUUUGCAAUAAACUAAAUUUAAAAAAGAAAAUAAUAAGGCAUAA